CUUUUGCAGUUGUGUUUUGUUCGUCUGAGAUGGGAAAGAAAAGAUUUUGGUUGAAGUGAGUUUGAAGACUGAAAACUAUUCUGAAUUGUCUUUCUGAUUGAACGAAAGCUGGCUACUGAGACUGAUCUCCGAUCUCAAUAUCGGGGCUACGAUAUUGAUAAAUUAUAUUUGCUUUGUAUGACACUCAAAAAUGGAAUCCAAUGAAUCUGAAUUAGAGACUCUAAAAAAACAGGUCACUGAACUUGAAAAACAGUUAGAGAAAGCUCAAAGAAGUCAAUCUAAACUUGAAAAAAAACUCAAGCAAUCUGAGCGGACUAUAGAAAUAACGGAAAGGUAUAAUGAAAGCCUACGUGGUGAGGUAAAUACUCUACGAAAACAGGUACAUGGAUACAAACAUAAACAGUUGGUUGAUGCAAGCAUACAGACUGAUUUUGUUGUUCAACAUGAGAACACUCAAGAAAAUAACAAAGAAGAUUUAAAUAAUUUACAAGGAGAUGGUCUGUCGAUUGCUGAAAGUUUGAAAGCUGCUGCAGAAGCAGCAACGACUCAGUCAGGGUUUGUUUAUGAUGAAAGAACUGGACUAUAUUAUGAUUAUAGUACUGGUUACUACUAUGACCAGAAAAAUCAGUUAUAUUAUGAACCAAAUACAGGUAUAUAUUAUUAUUAUGAUCAGAAAAUGAAUACGUAUCAUUUUCAUUCUCAAGUCGACAUUACACAGACGGCUUAUGCCGAACUUUCAACCACAGAUGUUAAGGAGAAAAAGAAAAAGAAGAAAAGCAAAGAGAAGAAAAAGAUGAAAUCCAAUGAAGAUGGAAAUGAGACAGAAAUAAUAGAGAUUGUAGAUGAUAGAAUACAUAAAUCAAAUCACCAAGACCAAGCAAAAAGUAGUUUAGAUAUUGAAGUCAUUGAAAUUGAUGAUAGUGAUGAUGACAGUUGUCACGGUGACAAAAUGGAAACAAGUAAUCCCAGUUGUAUCAGAGAUGUUGAAUUUGCAAAGUCCCCUGAUAAAAGUGAUUCUGAGAUGGAGGAAGGAGAGAUUUCAGACAGUUCUGAUGAUGGAGAGGAUGCGCCGAUGCAAGAGGAUGAAAUGGAUAGUUCAUCCUCAGAGAGUGAAGAAGAGAAUGUGGUGAAAGAAGUCUAUGCACCGUGUGUUAGGCUCAUAGUGACAGAUUCUGACUCAUUAGACCUGGGUACGUUGUUCAUUGUCACAUGUACAGGGGGUACUAUUGGAAGAGAUGAGAAACACUGUAUAGCUAUACCAGACUUAUCUGUCAGUAAACUACAUGCAGAGAUUGGAUAUUCCAAAGAAGAUACAAAGUAUUGGAUUAAAGAUUGUGGAAGUCAGAAUGGAACUUUUCUCAAUGAUACGUCAUUGACUGAUGAAGCAAGACAAGAGAGUGACUAUAAUAUGUUGUCUCAUGACGACAUCUUAAAAGUUGCCAUGACAACACUACUUGUUCAUAUUCAUCCUGGUGAUGAUACCUGUGAUAAAUGUGAGCCGGGAGUAGUACAAGCACAGAUUGCGAAACAACAACCUAAAGUAAAUGCUUUCACAAUCGUGUCUAAGGAAGAAAAAGAAAAACUGAGGAGAAGGCAAUUAAAACAAAUAAAACAGAAAUAUAUGCUUGCCAAUACUGAUUAUGAAGAGAAAGUUGUUGUGAAUGAAAAUGGUGAUUACGUUGACAGAGCAGAAGAAAGACGGAAAACUGUUGGUAGUGACAACCCUUACCAAAAGGAUGAUAUGCCUGCUUCUGUUCAUAGAGCCAUUGAUGACAGAAAUGUUGGUCACAAAAUGAUGAAAAAGAUGGGUUGGUCAGAAGGACACUCGCUGGGAAAGAAUGAUGAAGGAAUACAUGAGCCGAUUCAAGUGCUUGUGAGAGACAGCAAAGCUGGAUUGGGUUCUGGGAUACAGAGAUCUAUGGAUGAUGUGCAGUACAGUGGUCGCAAUGUGCAUAACUGGAGUAAAGCCCGUGGUCGAUUCCAAGGAUCAAGUCAAUCUGCUAAACUUAAAUCAGUGCAGCCACAGUGGAUAAAAGGUGACACUGUCACUAUAGGUGAACGUCAAGAUGUGUCAGAUACACCAAUCAUGUCAGAUAAUGCCACAGAACAGUCAAAACCCACAGUAGACCUGACAUCUAAAGUGAAAGAACAACAUGAAAAUGUGGUACCAAAAUCCGAGAAAAUAUUUGAAAUUUAA